UGCGUCAGUUCAGUAAGACAUGUUCUUUUUGGCCAUCGGUCAAAACACUGUGCAGUGUUGCAAGUACAUUUUAUUUAAUUUAAGGGGUUUUCAAGGUAGCAAAUUUAAUAGCAGACUGUGUCGUGGUCACAUGCGGCUUCGUCCUGCAACUAAAUAUCCAACUGUACUUUCCGUUGGUCACGGGAAAUCAGCAGAACUGAGUUAGUAUGUUUACUAGUGAUGGGAAGGUCGACUCACUUUACUGAUUCGGGUCUUUUCGAAUUAAAGAUCCGGAUAAAAACGAAUCUUUCGACUAAUUUCGUUCAUUUAAAAAACAACCCCUAAACAAGGUGUUUAAUAAGUUUAUUCAUCCAUUUAUGCUGUUUUGACCAAAAUAGCACAUUGAUUAUUGACAAUUCUCUCGUCCAUUCUGGAGGGAAAGAGCCUGCAAGACAUAAAUCAUGCAGUCGGUCCAUUAAGUGCCUUGGCGGCGAAGAAAGUAAAAUAAAAAGAACCAAACCCACAAUAGUGUGCAACUUGUUUCAGCGUCAUCAAGGUGAACGAGAUUCGAAGAUCCAAAAGAGCCAUGGAUGAUCGUUCAUUUCCUUCAUUGUUCCUUCCGUGGCACCAUAUAUCCAUGGAGCGUGUGAUGGGUGGAGUGGUGCCUCUGGUACUGGGUGGCCUGGGGCUAGUUCUGCUCUACCGGCUGAUUCAGAGGGUUAAACAAGGGGCUGUAAUCCAGGACGCUGUGGUGGUCAUCACUGGAGCCAGCUCUGGUCUGGGGAGAGAGUGUGCUCAAGUGUUCCAUGAUGCUGGAGCAAGGCUUGUCCUGUGUGGCCGGGAUGAAGCCAGGCUACAGGAUGUGGUUCAGGAGCUCAAAACCACUACAGAUAACAGCCAGCGACAGACAUACACCCCCAGAACGGUGACCUUUGACCUAUCCAACACAUCAGAGACCGUUGCCAUGGCUGCGGAAGAGAUCCUGAGGUGCUACGGCCACGUGGACAUCCUCAUCAACAAUGCCGGUAUCAGUUACCGCGGCAACAUCCUGGACACUCAUAUCUCUGUACAGAGGAACGUCAUGGAUACCAACUACUUUGGGCCCAUAGCUCUUACUCAAGCCCUCUUGCCAUCUAUGGUUCGCCGGCAUAGUGGACACAUAGUGGUGAUCAGCAGUGUCCAGGGGAAGAUCUCAAUCCCUUACAGAUCUGCUUAUGCGGCCUCCAAACAUGCGACACAGGCCUACUUUGACUGUCUAAGGGCAGAGCUGGAGCACUACAACAUCCAGGUGACUGUGGUCAGCCCAGGGUAUAUAAAAACCAACCUGUCUCUAAACGCCGUCACCGGGGAUGGCUCCAAAUAUGGAGUUGAAGACAAGACGACCACUGCGGGUCGUGAUCCGAAAGAUGUUGCCCAAGUGGUUCUGAUGGCUGUGCGUCACAGAAGUAAAGACAUUGUACUGGCUGGACUCCUUCCAACUCUGGCUGUCUACAUUCGCACACUAUGGCCCACCCUCUUCUUCAAACUCAUGGCCACUCGCGCUCGCAAGGAGCAGAAACCCAAAGAUGAGUGAGAAGUUUGAGAAAUUAGGAGUGAGAAUGGAGAUUGUUGAUGUAGCGAAAAAAAAUAAUCAGGUUUGGGGUAAAAAAAUGUAUUACUCCUUUUUCUUUCAAUUGGCCACAAUACGCAGACAGCAGCAUAUAAAUUGAAUUGGAAUACAUUCAUCACAUUUCAAUGGCCAGUGAUAUUUUUACUUUGACUCCAUGUUUGGUUACCAAGUUUAAUAUUUAAAAUGGUAGGUGUACUUCAUUUACAACUGAAAAAUAAUGUCAAAUGAUUGAGACUCAUGUUUCAUUGCUCAUUUGAAUGUCUUUAAAAAAUGUUUAAAUUCUAUUUUCAGUCUGAUUUUGUUCAGUUGUUUUGUUUUAAUGCCACAGUUUGAUGGGUACACUGAGGUAUUAAAGACUGGGUGUGUUUCUCCAAACCAUACCAUACCAUCUUCUUCCGCUUAUCCGGGACCGGGUCGCGGGGGCAGCAGUCUAAGCAGGGAUGCCCAG